AUGCUAUCCCAAGACGAUCGAGACACUAUUUUCAGGGACAACGACUACGCAUUGGGGAAAUUAUUCGAUGAAUUUCGGAUGACUCCCGGAGCUGCCUGGCAAAAGCUCCCUACCGCAGAAUACACUGAAGAAGACUGUCUCAAAGGCAUGUCGAUACACAAUUGGACGAUGGAGCUCCUGCGAACCUGCCGUGCCUUUCGCAUGAACGAUGAAAUCCAACAAAUGGAGCAGAUUUAUCGCAGCCUUGACUCCGACCUUAGAUGCAUUGUUUCUGCCCCCAACGACCUCAUCGGUAUCGAUGAAUAUAUCAAGCACAUCGCCGACCGCAAUGAAGAAUGGAGAGCAAACAUGGUCAAAAAAGGCAAAAAGACUUAUCCACACCAACUUCAUUUCCACUAA